CGGUAUAUAACGGUGUGGCGAGAACAAUUGUGGAAGGAGUCUUCGUAUUAUCCGCGAGAGAAGAGCGUGUUGUAUCUGAGCAAGCUGCGCAAUGACGUCACUUCUGAAGCUGAGCGCUGGAGCCAGCAUGCCUGUCAUUGGGUUUGGAACUUGGCAGGCUUCAGAUGCAGAGCUGGAAGCUGCACUGGAGGCAGCUCUGGAAGCAGGUUACAGACAUAUUGAUACUGCCUAUGUAUAUGAAAAUGAGGCAGCUAUUGGCAGAGUACUGGCAAAGUGGCUAAAUUCAGGCAAGGUUAAACGAGAAGAGCUUUUCAUAGUCACCAAGCUACCCCCAGCUGGCAACCAUCCUGACAGAGUUGAAAAAUAUUUGAAGCGUUCAUUGGAUAACCUUGGUUUGGAUUAUGUAGAUCUAUACCUGGUGCAUGUGCCCUUUGGUUUUCUGGAAAAAGGGGAAGAUAUUCAUCCUGUGGAAUCUGAUGGAAACAUUCUCUUGGACAAAUCCACAAACCAUAUAAAUAUUUGGAAGGCAAUGGAAGCUCAGGUAGAUGCUGGGCUUGCCAAGUCUAUUGGGCUGUCUAAUUUCAACAUCAGUCAGAUAAAACGAGUGCUGCAGUCUGCCCGCAUUCCCCCUUCAAAUCUCCAAGUAGAGCUGCAUGCCUUUUUCCAGCAGAAAGAAUUGGUUGACUUCUGCAAAGAGCACAAUAUUAUAGUCUGUGCAUAUGCACCACUUGGUUCUCGUGGUACUGCAAAACUGUAUGAGCGAGCUGGAAUAAGCAAAGAUUUUCCAGACCUUUUGAAUAAUCCAAAAGUACUGGAGGUGGCAGAGAAAUAUGGAAAGACACCUGCACAAAUCCUACUUCGUCACAUAGUACAGCGAGGCAUAGCUGCCAUCCCUAAAAGCACCAACCCAGAUCGAAUUCAACAGAAUUUGCAAAUACAUGAUUUUGAGCUGAGCAGUGAGGACGUGGUAUCAUUGAACAAACUGGAUCAGGGAUCAGAUGGGAGGAUACUUGAUUUUCGAUUUUUCAAAGGGAUCAAGAACCACCCUGAAUAUCCAUUUUAGAAGUCAACAAUAUAUGCUUCACACUAUACUUUACUGCUUCUGGCCACAGUGUUAAAGCACUUGUAAAAUGCAGUGACUAAAUGCUUUACAUCAUUUGCUGGAUUCACCCAAAAGUGUGUCAGUGUGGCUUAGUAAUUUUUGGAAGAUCAAAAAGCUGAACUGUACCAUUUGUGCAACAUAUUUUCCUAUCAUGGCAUUCACGAGGCAUGGUGCAGUAUUUAUCAACUUGUGCUAUUAUACAUGGGCAAUGAGUGACUCUGAUUCACAGUAGAUGUCAGUCAGUUACAAGAUUAUUAAGGCCUAGGUGGUUCAGGUAUAUAUGUGUUAUUUUAUACAUUAUAAAGAUUUAUAAAAUCAAAGUAUGAAUAUAUUAUUAAUGAGCAAUAUUCUUUUAUUUCCUAAAUCAAAUGGUUUAUGCAGUUAAGAUUUUUUGGUUGGUUGUUUUUGUUUUGUUUUAUAAUGCUGCCUAAACUGCUGAAUAAGGCAGAAUAUGACAAUAAAUGGUUAUGGUCUGUUUUUG